AUGUCUACUUGGAGUGGCGUGCGAACACGCAUCACCGCAUCUGUGCGGACCACCAAUCGCAUGAAUGCCUUGCUUAUGGAGUCAAUGUUGGGCAAGAAGCGUGCUUUGCAAAAACUGCAUUCCAGCGCUGGCGAAGGUGAAGAUGCCGAGUGUGCGGCGGAGCAGCCGAAACGCGAUUGGGAAUACUUUCGUAAUAAUUUUAGCAUGGAGGCUAUUUAUAAGCUAAUCGAGGCGGCUAUUGAGGAACGCUUGACGUGGGAUCGCUUUGGUCGCUCUUAUGAUUCCUGGCGUUCACUACAGAUGGCCGAAACGCUGGCCGCAGAUAUCCGAGAUCGUGUCAAGCGAUUACAGCAUAAGAGGCACCGCAUAGUUUGCUUGUUAUCAAUUGUUGAAAAGCAAAAUCAAGGCCUCAGCUUCCGCAUGCGCCAUUUAUUGGAUGAAAAAAUGGAUAACUUCACAAAUUUGGUGUAUGAACGGCCAUCCUACCACAUGGUGGUGACUUUGUUUCUGGUGUACAAGGACUAAUUGACGCUGGCAUCGUUCAAGCUUUUUGUGUAAGCUUUUGUUUGCUGUUGCUGGUCCUGGGUGUGUGUAAUGAAUGUAAGGCUACCUGUGCUUUCAUUGUUGAGUCAUUGUA